AUGCGUCUCCAACUAUAUUCAUUCCUUUGGUGUCUCCUUCUCCAAGUGGCAUUAGGACAAGAAGAUGACCUCUCUUGUUCCAAGACAAAAGCGUGUGAAAUCGGAUGUUGUGGUCCCCCCGAUCCAACGACUGGCCUUGGGGUUUGCGGCCUAGGACCAGAUUUCUGCGGGACAGGAUGUCAGGGCACUUGCGAUUACAAAAGCGAAUGUGACCCGGGUUGGGGUCUGGACUGGUCAAAUGCAACAGACUGCCCAUUAAAUGUCUGUUGUAGCAAAUUCGGUUUCUGCGGAACCACGGCCGAUUUCUGCAACGGAAAAGUCGUCGUGUCUCCUGAAUGCUCAGGUCGCAGCUCAGACCAGAAGACGAUCGGAUAUUAUGAAGGAUGGAAUUUACAGAGAACUUGCGGAACAAUGGCGCCAGAGGAUAUCCCCCUUGGCUAUUAUACCCACAUCAACUUUGCAUUUGCACUAAUCCACCCGACGACCUUCCAUAUUGCUCCAAUGGAUGCGGGAACUGCGUCCUUAUACACCCGUGUCACAGCGCUCAAGGAGAAGGACCCAACGCUGAAAGUAUGGAUAGCCAUUGGCGGCUGGGCAAUGAACGACCCAGGCCCGACCAGGACGACUUUCAGUGACCUUGCGAAAUCGGAGUCCGCACAAGAUGCCUUCUUCGAGUCACUUAUUAAGUUCAUGCUGGAGAACGGAUUUGACGGCGUGGAUAUUGACUGGGAAUAUCCAGGUGCUGAAGAUCGAGGCGGCAUACCGGAGGACUUCGACAACUUUGUAACCUUUAUGCGCAACCUGAGGAACAGACUGAAUGGAAGCGGUAACGCAUUUGGACUGUCUAUUACCUUGCCUGCGAGUUAUUGGUAUCUUAAAGGUUUCAAUAUCAUUGAACUUGACCCCAUACUCGACUGGUUCAAUAUCAUGACAUACGAUAUCCAUGGUACCUGGGAUAGUACGGUGAAGUCGAUCGGACCGUACGCAUUUGCACACACAAAUCUCACCGAGAUCAAUCAGGGUCUUGAACUUCUAUGGCGAAACAACAUCAACCCGGAGCGAGUAGUCUUAGGUCUAGGGUUCUAUGGAAGAAGCACGUACCCUUGCUUUACAAUGAAGGACCCGUCCUGCAUGCAUGCUGGUUGCGAAUUCAGUGACGGCGCAAAAGGGGGCGCAUGCACUGGAACACCAGGUGUCCUAUCUGCUCAUGAAAUCGUCCAGAUCAUCGAUGAUGGUGCUACGGUCACCUUUGACAAAGAGGCUGCUGCGAAAAUCGUCACCUGGGACAGCGACCAAUGGGUCAGCUGGGACGAUGCUGAAACGCUCGAGUUGAAGCUUAACUACGCUAAUCGAAGAUGCCUUGGAGGGACGAUGGUUUGGGCAAUUGACUUAGAUGACGGAACCUUAAUCGAUGCGCUGGGAGGGCUCUUGGGAAGGGAGAAGAAGGAGACGUACCCAACCGGCGGAUGGAAGUGGCUCUAUGCCGAUCUUGGGUCGGGCCAGGAGGAAUAGUGAUUGGGACAAAGUGGUUGGACAUGUAUACCAGUUCAAACUAGCUUUGAAGACUUCGUAGCUCAUCAGUUAACU